AUGGAGGAAACUUCCAUGGAAGAGCACGAACAAACCCUAGAAACGGAGGUGGCUCCGGCCCUUAUCGCAGUCCACCCCACCCAACAAUCCGUCGCUGCCGCCGUCGGGUCCGACCUCCGUGUCUUCAUUCUCGAAGAAGGUUGUUCAGUUGCUCUGGUAGAUGAUUCUGCUGGGCCUCUUCAUAAGGAUUCUAUUAGAGCAAUUCGUUAUGGUGCAAAAGGAAGGCUCUUUGUAUCAGCUGGUGACGAUAAACUGGUCAAGAUUUGGUCCACAAAUUCAUGGCGUUGUAUAUGUACUGUGUCGUCGGAGAAGAGAGUGAGUGCACUUGCCAUAAGCAAUGAUGGUCUGUUUGUCUGUUUUGCUGACAAGUUUGGUGUCGUUUGGGUUGUGGAUCUGGAUGGUUCCCAUGAAAAUCAACCUUUAGUCAAUAAGAAGGCAGUGCCACUUCUUGCCCAUUAUUGUAGCAUCAUUACCAGCCUGGAAUUCUCAGCAGAGGGGCGAUUUAUUAUUAGUGCUGAUCGGGACUCCAAAAUCCGUGUUACCGUAUUUCCCAAGAAGCCUUUAGAUGGAGCUCAUGAGAUACAAAGUUUUUGCCUUGGUCACACUGAGUUUGUAUCCUGCCUUGCCUUUGUUUACAGUUCAGAUUGUCCAGAGGGGUUUCUGGUCUCGGGCAGUGGUGACUCAACGGUUCGGUUGUGGGAUCUUACCUCUGGGUCUCUUCUUGAUAUCUUUGAAGUUGGAGCAGAGGCAGGACUUGUACAGUCUAAUGGAACAGAACAGGAGGGCUAUCCAGCCGUCACUGAUUUAUGUGCCACUCCUGAUGGCUCGUUAAUUUCAGUAGCCAUUCAAAGCUUGCCAGGAGUUAUGAUUUUGAGCUGCGACCUUUCUGCUAAAACUCUUUCCAUUGUCAAGGUGGUUUCCAUCACUGGAGAGGCCUUCAUUCCCACAAGCUUAGGAGCUGCCUCUUCAGCAGAAUUAUUAUGGAUGGUCAUGGGUGUCUCCAAUUUACAUGGUUCAGUUUCUGGAUCUUUAGCCCGUGUGAGAGUUAUAUCUGGUUUUAACAAAAAAAAAGGGAAUCUGCUGGGCACGAGCCUAUUUUGUUGGAAGAUAAUGACAUUCCUGGUGGACAGCAACUUCUGCAGAAGCUACAGGGAGAUUUGUCUAUCGAGAGAGAAGGUAUUCUCUGCAGCCGCGGAAGCUGUGAAAACUGCAUUGCGCAAUUUGUUGAUCCAAAAAACAAUACUCUGCUGA